CGCCGAGGCCGCGCCGGCCCUGGCGGAGAGCUGGUCCCGAGGGUACUUAAGUGAGGCCCGGUGGUGGGCCCGCGGCUUAAAAGGCGAUGCGACUUUCGCGCGACUAGACGCCAACAUGCCGCGCUGGACGGCGCCGCUACUGCUUGCCACCGCGCUGGCGGUGGCCGGGGCCGCCGUCACACCCAAGGCCACCGAUGACGUCUGCCACAGCCGAAAGCUAUCCUGCCGGGACAGCAGGACCCUGGUGGUCUGCGCCGACCUGGGCGCGGGCCUGAUCCCCCUCAACGACCUGCCCUGCCCGGAAGCCUACCCUUUCUGCAAGGACGGCGUCUGCGGGCCAGAGCCCACCACCACCACCACCACCACCACGACCACCACGAGCACGCUGCCGCCGGACCCGUGUGCCGGUGGCGAGCGUUCGUGCCCCGACGAGCACACCCUGAGGGUGUGCGUCGACCUUGGGGCUGGGCUCAUCUUCAACUCCGACACGCCGUGCAGUCCGCAGGCGCCCUUCUGCCUGCAGGGGGCUUGCGUGGCUGCGCCCACCACCGCACAGCCCACCACCACUCGCCGCGCCACGACGCGCCGCGCCGCCACCACGCGCCAGCCCACCACGACCCCCAUCCCCUCGACCCUGCCGCCAUCGUCCUGCGGCGGGCAGACCAUGUCCUGCCUCGACGACGCCACGCUGCUGGAGUGCGCCGACUUCGGCUACGGCCUGGUGCCCGUCAGGCAGGUCAGCUGCGGAGGCAGCACCCCCGCGUGCCGCGCGGGCAGCUGCGUCGCGGCGCCGCCAACCACCCCGACGCCCGCCACCACGCCCACCACCGCCGCGCCGCCCACCACGCCCACCACGCCCACCACGCCCACCACGCCCACCACGCCCACCACGCCCACCACGCCCACCACGCCCACCACGCCCACCACGCCCACCACCGCCGCGCCGCCGGCGGACGUCUGCGGCGGCAAGCUGUCCGUGUGCGGAGACUGCUACACGCGCACCACGUGCGCGCGCAUCGGCCGGGAGAUCGUGCCCGUGUCCAACAGCACCUGCCCGGCGGACAAGCCCUACUGCGUGGCGGGGGCGUGCGAGGCGGACCUGCCCGCCGACUCGAGCUGCGCCGCGCUGCCCGCGCCGGCCUCCUCCUUCAAGUGCUUCGCCGACGGCUACUUCCCGGACCCGUCCGACUGCCGGCGCUUCCACCUGUGCGUGGGCGACAAGGCCUACGACUACGACUGCACGCAGGCAGCGGCGGGACUCAUCUACGACCAGGCGCGCGCGCUGUGCGUGCCGCUCGGCCAGGCGCAGUGCUUCGCCUUCGACUGCCGCGGGCGCGCCAACACCUACCAGACGUACCGGCCGGACCCCACGCUCUACGCGCUGUGCGUGACGGAGGACACGGCCGACGCGCUGCUGGCGCGCUGCCCCGUGGGCCACAGCCUCGUCGUCGACCCUCGCGACAGCCUCAGCGUCAGCUGCCAGCCGUUCUGCGCGCGCGCCGGCCGCACUGCCGACCCCGACGACGCCUCCACCUUCUACGAGUGCUUCGCCACGUCGGCCAAGUCGAGCGGCAGGCUGGUGGGCCCGCUCAAGGGCUCCUGCCCGCAGGGGUCCGUGUUCGACGCCGCGUCCGAGCGCUGCCAGAGCACGGGGCCCGUGAAGCCCGACUCCACCGCGGUCAUCACGGCGGCCACGACCGCCGCGCCGCCGGCCACCAAGCCGAAGAAGCCCUGGUGGUGGUGACCGCAUGCCAGGGCACUAGCAUCAAAUGAAUAAAUCUUGCUGUGAUGAUGACAACCCUCCGCACCCAAAUCCUAUUUAUGAAAACCCGAGGAGUCUUUAAUAAAAUGCCUGAAAUUAAUAUCGAA